AUGACCUCUGCUUGGGAGUCGGACGUUGUGGAGUGCAAGCUGUGCGACCACUGCGAGUACCGAGCAGAGCGUGGGAAGGCGACAUGCUGCGACAAAUGCAGCGGGUCGAAUGAAAGCGACGGCCAUGAGGCACACUGCCCUCGGCUGAGCCGGGAGGUCUUGCAGCAAUGCCGCUGGGAGCAUUUCCGGUGCGACCUCGGCGCCGAGGAGGAGGCCAUCUGCCUCGUUGUGCCACCGCGGGCCCCUAUCGAAGGCCCCGCUCCGGUACUCCUGUUCCUGACAGGCAAUGGUCAUGUGGAUGACCGUCAAGACUUCCUUUCGGGAGGCGUCGACCAGUUACUCCGGAACGGAGAUCUCCGGCAGUAUGUCCUUCUGGCCCCCAAACCACUGUGGAAGACCGGUGUCCUACGCCACAACGACAACUGGAGAACCGCUUGGUGCGAAGAUGCUAUUUGGGCACUUGUGACAGAAAUGCUGCGUCGGCUUGGACCAACCAACGUGGACCCAACGAGGCUUUAUGCCACUGGUCUGUCUUUAGGUGCCAUCGGGGUUUGGCAUUUGGCAUUGCGCUACGGCGAGUAUCUUGCAGGGAUUGUCCCCAUUUCUGGUCGAUGCGAAUGGCCGUUUAACUCCUGGCCCAAAACGGGCGGCUUGGAUCAAGCUGUCGCUAAGCGCCUUGAGAACAUCCCAUUGCGUUGCUAUCAGAUUGACGCCGACCGCUACGGAGGCACACCUGUGCACGACCUGGAGUGGCUGUGCUGGGGGCUCCCGGAGACUAGCCGCGAGGUGACGCUGCGAGGUAUGGAGCCUGACCGGCAGGUUGAAGUUAAGAUCCGCAGCUGGGAGCGACCAAGCGGUAAGCACUGGGACCUGUGGGAAGCAAAGGGACCUCUUAAAGACUGGGCAUAUUACGAUGACUGGGGAGGUGACAAGCACUGCCUGUGGAACAGAGUUUAUCCAUAUCCGGAAUGGGGCCUGCCUUCCUUUCUCGCUUCUCAUGCUGUACCGCAUGAUCGUUGCUGGAAGCUGGAUGCGCCCAUUCCCGUGAUAGACUCUUCCAAGGUGGAGGAUUCCAUGGAAGUGGACCCCCCGGUCGAAAGCCACCCGGAGCCGCCUUGCAAGAUGAGCACCGGAGACAUGGAGGUCAUGGAGGAGCAGGUCCAGCUGCGCCACGAAGAGAGCGAAAUCGUUCAGGCUAUCGGCCUACAUGUGCCGGACGAUGAAAAGAUCGAAAAGGUGUCCGAUGUGGUCCUUGAGGAGUGGGGAGGUUCAGAUGCCUUCGCCGUGAAGUUUGUUUUCCAAGCUGCGUUCGCAUCUUGCUGCUGGUGCGCCACAGUGAUGGAGCUACUGCCCUGCAGCCUUCCCGAGCAGCGCCCGCGCAGCUUCGGGGGCGAGGACUUUCCCCUGGUGCUCUCGCCAAGCCGGCAAAGCAACGCGCGAGAGCUCUCUGCCUGGGCCGCUUCGCGCUCCGCAGAGCUCCAGAAGCUUUUGCUUCAUCAUGGCGCGGUGCUUUUCCGGGACUGCGGCAUCACCAGCGCGGAGGACUUCGGUCUGCUGGUGCGGGCAAUGGGCUGUGAAGGCUACGACUAUGUCGGUGGUGCGGCGCCUCGUACGGAGGUCGUGAAAGGCGUAGUCUUCACAUCCAACGAGUCCCCGCCGGACCAACCGAUCCCCUUCCAUCACGAGCUGGCGCAAUCGCCGACACCACCCAACUACAUACUUUUUUGCUGCGAAGUUGAGUCCAAGCAUGGAGGGGCGACACCCAUCAUCCCUUCGGAUGAGGUGGCCGACUUCUUCAUGAGCCACUUCCCCGACUUUGCACGGGAGGUAGAAGCCAAAGGGGUACGCUACAUCCGCACCAUGCCAGAGGUCACAGACCCCACGUCUGCCCAGGGGCGCUCCUGGGCGGAGUCCUACGCGGUCAAAACGCGAGAAGAGGCGGAGGAGGUGAUGACAAAGCAAGGCUCCACGUGGGAAUGGCUGUCGGGGGGCGACCUGAAAGUAACGACGGCGGCCCUGCCGGCCCUGCGCAUGGACGAACGAACGGGGCGCCGCGUCUUUUUCAACUCCGUCAUCGCCGCCUUCACCGGUUGGAACGACUCCAGGAAUGUGGGCGAGGAGGCCGUGGUGCUUGGCGACUUCAGCCCCGUGAACAAGCAUGCGCUAAGGGCAGUCGCACGCUUUAUGGCCGAGAGAGAGGUAGCCUUCGCCUGGAAGAAGGGCGACAUUCUCAUCGUUGACAACGGCAGUGUCCUCCACUCCCGGCAGAGCUUCGAGCCUCCACGCCGAGUCCUUGCGGCGCUGCGGGGAAAGCCGCUGUUGGGCCCCGCCCUCCGAGCAGGUAUCAUUGGCACUGGGGCCAUGGGCAAGGAGCACAUUCGCAACGUGGCCUUGAUGGGUGAGCAGAUGGUCGUGACAGCCAUUGCCGAUUCGAGCGAGGCGGCCUUGCGCGAGGCUCUUGAGGAGCUCGGCGAGCGGGCUCCGCGCGUCGCCGUCUUCCGAUCCGACGAGGAGCUUAUCAACUGCGACUUCGUGGAUGUGCUCAUCAUUUGCACGCCAAAUUUCCAGCACAUCCAUACACUUCGAAAGGCUAUUUUGUCAGACAAGCACAUCCUUUGUGAGAAGCCGUUAUGCACGACCGUGGAGGACUGCGAAGAGGUGGAGCGGCUCCUCACGGAGCGCGUCGUGCGCUCCGGAUCUGAGAAAGCGCCGGUCUUCAUGACCGGCAUGGAGUAUCGAUACAUGCCACCCAUUCGUCGUCUAAUUGAGGAGUCGGACUCACGGAAGCUGGGUGAGCCCAGGGUUCUAUCAAUUCGAGAGCAUCGCUUUCCCUUUCUCGUCAAGGUGGAUAACUGGAAUCGUUUCAACCGCAACACUGGUGGGACCCUGGUAGAAAAGGCCUGCCACUUUUUCGACCUUAUGCGGCGCAUUCUUCAAAGCGAACCCGUCUCAGUGUAUGCCUCUGGUGACCAAGCCAUGAACCACAAGGACGAGGUCUACGACGGAGGAAUCCCAGACAUCAUCGACCACGCGCUUGCAGUUGUGGAGUUUGCGAAUGGUGCGCGGGCUUCGCUGGACCUCUGCAUGUUUGCCGAAGAUGAGCAGACGGAGCAGGUGCGAGUGGUUUGCCAACAAGGCAGCGUAGAAGCGAAAUGUCCCGAGUCCACAGUUCGCAUCGUUCAGCGGCGAAAGGUGCGUGGGUUGGGACGCACCCCACCCGGAAAGGAGGAAAGGGCCGUGCCCGAAGUCAUCCGACUUCCGAUCUCGCGCGAGCUGGCAGCCGCUGGUUACCACGAAGGAGCCACUUUUUUCGAGCUGGAGGCAUUUGCAGAAGCAGUUCGAGGGAAGCGGGCAGUGCCAGUGACUGCGCGAGACGGCAAGAUGGCUGUGCUCAUGGGUGUCGCUGCUCAUCGUUCAAUCGCCUUGGGCCGUCCCGUGCGCCUGUCUCCAGCAGGACAGAUCGUCGAGGAACCCUCUGCUGAUCCUCCGCCGCCGUUGAUACAACAGCAGGUAUGGUCUCGACUAUGA